AUUUAAGACAAUAAUUAGAAGGAAAGAAUCAGAAGAGAGAAAUGUAUCCACCACCACCACUGCCGCCGCCGCCGCCGCCACCUCCGAGGACUCACAGCCGUAUUAUCCUCAUACUGAAGCUCCUGAUCAUCGUUUUUCUAUUUGCAGCGCUAGUUGUCCUCGUCACCGAUACUGGAACCGUUGAAUUAGCCUAUAACACAGGGUUCAUCAGUAUACGUAUUCAUUUCAUGGACAUGUACACCUACCGGUACUUGCUUGGUGUAUGUGUAACCGGAAUGGUAUACACACUGUUACAAAUUGUAUUUUCAUUUUACAAUAUCAGAACCGGAAAUCGUUUAAGUCCGACUUUUGAUUUUUACGGUGACAAGGUUCUAUCUUAUAUGCUCGCAACUGGGGCAGCUGCAGGAUUUGGUGCUACCAGUGAUAUGCAGUCUGCAUUUCAGGGAGCUAUUUCUAACAACUUUUUCAAAAGGGGAUAUGCGGCCUCCGCGUUGGUCUUCAUCGGGUUCAUUUAUGCUGCAUUCUUAUCCAUUUUCUCCUCUUAUGCUCUUCCUCCAAAGAAUGUCUAAAUUUCAUCAUCUGCUGUUUAAGGCUUCAACAAAUUUCAAUUAGAUGUCUAGCAUUAUGUGGUUUAAUGGUCAUAACCUAUGUAUAACGUGCUAUGAAAUACAAGUCCUGGUUCUUCACCCAAGCACUACUUCCCCCAUCCCCCACAAUUCUCCUUGGUUAAAAAAAAAAAAAAAAACCAAUGUCAAUUAGGUUACUCUGUUUCGUCUAGAAUCUACAUAAUGUGCGUAGUGGUGUUUAUUGUAUGCUAAUACUUUAGGUCUUGUGUGUUACUGUAAAGAUGAUGGAAUUGUGGGAUGUUAUUACAAUAAGGACUCUUGAUGUGU